CACACCGACCUUCGACAACAUGACAAAGGAAGAUUACGCCGGUGACGACCUUAACGAUGGCCUUGAAUACGAAAUAGACUUAUCCGAUGCUCCAGAACAAGGUGGAAUCCCACAUGGAGCCCUUGAAAGUGAAGAUGAAAUUGCUGAGGCUCUGGAAAUCGAAGACAACGAGGUUGCAAAAUUAUCCACAGAAGCCAAGGCUGGAAAGAAGAGAAAAGCCACUGAUUCAAAGUUAAAGGAAAAGAAGAAGAUGAAGAUGGAGAUUGAUUUAGAACAGAAGAAACUGAUCUCUAAAGAAUCUUCCACUGAAGUUAUUGCUGAUUACAUUAACAAAACAGUAGCUCAGAAGAACAAGAAAUUGUCAAGUUUGGAGUUGAGUGACUUGUAUAUCUCCAAGAAUGAUAUCAGAUCAACUUCUGAGAUUGAAGGGCCAAGAAAUCUUGAAGGACUUGCUUCCUAUUUGAAUACCAGAUUCAAGAACAUGCUUCCAGCUGGUAAGAAAGGUAAACGUAGUGGUAACGAUGAUGAAAGAAAGUUCAUUGUCAUUAUCUCCAUGUCUGCCAUCCGUGCUUGCGACGUUUAUCGGUCUACCAAAAACUUGAAUGGUUCAUCGAUAAAGUUGAUCAACAAGAAUAAGAUAGCUGCUGAUAUCAAACUUCUCCAGGUAUCCAAAUCGAGAGUAUUUUGCUGUACUCCUACAAGAUUGAAAAAAGUAUGCGAGCACGAAGAGAAUGUGUUGAACAAAAAAGAAGUCAAGAUUGUGAUUCUUGAUAACUCCUAUCUUGAUCAAAAGGGUCAAAACAUAUGGGAUAUCCCAGAAACCAUACAGGUGUUAAAAGAAUUGACUGAUAACGGAGCAAAGGUUUAUUUAUAUUAGGCUAUGCAUUUAAUGGAUAAUAAGAAUUUUUGGAAGCCGUGUAGAACUCUAAUAUGCUUUUAGAAAUCUCUUUGAAGUCGAUAUCAUUGAUCUCAAAAUCGGCAAUGCUCUUGAUUUCAUCAAGAGGUACAUUGGGGGUAUUGCUUGUGAAACAUGCAAGAUACACGAUGUUGGAGUAGAUAAGAUGUGCCAAUGCUUUGCUGAGUUUAAUAUCUUUACCUAAUAUAACUUCAUACGCUUUUGGAAUCAAAAUAUUGUUAAUGAAUUCGUUCUUCUUGUUGGCAAAAAUGUUAUUGUUGUUAUCAAUGAAUAGAAUCCCAUUCUGAUAAUCUUUCUCAUAUGAUGAACUGUUUGGAUUCAUGAACUGAGUUGAUAGAUGGAACAUUAAGGCACUCAACUUCAACGAAGGAGUGGAUGGAAAAUUUUCAAUUGCACUCUCUUCUGUGUUUAAAAUCGAUUCAAAAACUGCUUCAAACUGAUCAAAGAAUGAAAUUGAAGAUUCAUCAACAAGAGUAGGAAUAGUCUCAACGAUGUAGUUGGAGCAUUGUUCUAUUCCUGCAUUGAUCUUAUCAACUCUUUCAUUUACUGUCACCUUGUCAUCUGUCAGUAACAAAAUAUUUUGUUUCAACAUUAUUAAACACUUUGUAAUUGCAUAAAUGUUUGCUAUGUUUUUACCUUCGAUAUUUUCGGACGCUAAAGUG